AUGUUGCUUCUUACCUCGAGCUUAGUUGUUUGUCUCCAGCAAUCUCAACGCUGCGUAUGUGAUCGGUUCGUCGUUCCAACAUCCUCACUCCACCGCUUCACCUCUCACAGCCAGAGACAAGCAAGCUUCGUCAAUACAAUUAUAUCCGCGCCUGCGUCCAGCCGUUCCUCAUCAACGACAAGCAUUCUCAACUCUUCCUCCGAGCAGAACCAAGUCCUACCGACUCGCAAACCCCGUUCUGUCUUUUUUUCAAUCAACAACGCUCCUGCCGAGUACGGGAUUCUCAACGUAUGCGAGUUCAACUCGACGCGCAAACGUAUGUCGAUGAUUGUGCGCAUGCCCAGCGGUUCGAUCAAGGUUUCCUGCAAGGGUGCAGACACCGUCAUCCUCGAGCGUCUUGCCAAGGCGCAACAGUACACUGAGAAAACACUUAUUCAUCUUGAAGCCUACGCACUCUUUGCAUCGCAUACCGCGAUGUCCCAGAGGCCGAAUACCAGCAGUGGGCCUCCAUAUACGAGCAAGCAGCUGCAACGAUCAAACGGCCGCGCAGAUGCCCUCGACAGUGCGGCAGAGUUGAUCGAGAAGGAUAUGUUUUUGCUUGGGGCAACAGCUAUCGAGGAUAAGCUCCAGGACGGCGUACCAGAUACAAUACACAAGUUACAAAUGGCCGCGAUAAAGAUCUGGGUGCUUACGGGUGACAGACAAGAGACAGCGAUCAAUAUCGGCAUGUCUUGUCGGUUGAUCUCAGAGUCUAUGAACUUGGUCAUUGUGAACGAAGACAACUCGCGUGAUACUGCGGAUUUUAUCCAGAAGCGACUUUCGGCGAUCAAACAUCAGCGUAGUUCGGGGGGACUCGAAGAUCUGGCUUUGGUCAUAGACGGCAAAAGCCUAGGUUUCGCACUUGAGAAGGAGCUUUCCAAGUCGUUUUUGGAGCUCGCGCUCAUGUGUCGCACAGUCAUCUGUUGUAGAGUAUCUCCGCUUCAAAAAGCUCUUGUCGUCAAGCUUGUCAAGAAGAACCAGAAGACCAUUCUCUUAGCAAUCGGUGAUGGUGCGAAUGAUGUGAGCAUGAUCCAGGCAGCGCAUGUGGGCGUGGGGAUCUCUGGAGCCGAGGGUCUACAAGCUGCGCGGUCUGCGGAUGUGGCAAUUUCACAGUUUAGAUUUCUCAAGAAGGUUCAUUGCGCGUGGAGUUAUCAGAGACUGUCGAAACUCAUCCUUUACUCAUUUUACAAGAACAUUACGCUUUACAUGACGCAGUUCUGGAUUGCCUACGAAUCAUGGACGAUAUCAUUUUACAACGUCAUCUUUACCGUUCUCCCCUCUCUCAUCAUCGGCGUGUUUGAUCAGUUCGUAUCUGCACGGAUUCUAGACCGAUACCCACAACUAUAUGCACUCGGGCAGAAGAACGUCUUCCUCACGAAGAAAGCAUUCUGGCUCUGGGUAGGCAAUGCGCUCUAUCACAGUCUCAUUUUUUUCACAUUCGCUGUGAUUUUGUUUUGGGGAGAUUUGAAGCAAGCGACGGGUUUGCACUCUCGGCAUUGGUUUUGGGGUGCCAUGCUUUACCUGGCUGUGCUCCUCACUGUCCUUGGCAAAGCCGCUUUGGUUUCUGAUUUGUGGACAAAAUACACUGUUGCUGGUGAGCGCAAAUCUUCCUCUAUGAACAAUCAUCCAACCGACAUCUUUUCCUCAGCGAUUCCUGGGUCGUUCGUUUUCAAUAUGCUCUUCCUUCCUUUACACGCCGUUGUUGCUCCUGCCAUUGGAUUCUCUACCGAAUACUAUGGACUUGUGCCUCGUCUAUGGAUUGAUGCUGUGUUUUAUUUUGUCCUCAUCCUUGUUCCUGUCGUCUGCCUGACCCGCGACUUUAUUCGGAAAUACUACCGACGAACGUAUAUUCCUCUUCCAUAUCAUAUCGCUCAAGAGCUCCAAAAGUACAACAUUCCUGACUACCGUCCGCAUCAAGAACAAUUCAAAAAAGCGAUCAAAAAAGUCCGCGCCGUCCAGCGCAUGCGCCAGAACCGCGGAUUUGCAUUCAGUCAGACAGAGAACGGUCGUCAAGAUCAGGCAAAACUCAUUCGUGCUUACGAUACAUCCAAGUCGAGCACACGACCGUCGGGAUAUUAG